AUGGAAAAUAAUGAGCACCAACAAACAAUAAAUAAAAUUCAUUUGCACAUUUUGAAAGUAAAAAAACAAUUGAAUACUUCACACAAUAUGAAUAGUAGUAAUGUGAGUGAUACAAACAGCGAAAAAGAACAAGAAGAAAAUAUAAAUAAAAACAGUUACGAUAUAAAAGAGAAUUGUAAAAUGGGAAACAACAACAUGAUUAACAAUUCUAAUUUCAAUCAUUCAAAUAAUAUGAUUUCAGAUACAAUUACCAAUCCAAAAGUAACAGAAUUUAAAAACGAACAAAUUAACAUUGGCAAUUGUAUAAGCCCUAAUACUAAUAUAACCCUAAAUAACGAAAUAAAAAAUGAAAUACUUCUCGAUAAAAAAUCGUCAAUUUUAUCUGACCCAAAUUCUUUUAAUGUAAACGAUGCAGAAGGAAAUAAGGAUUCUAAAUUUUAUGGGAUUUCUGAUGCUAUAGUUUCCGAAACAAACCAAUUGAGUGAGUCAAGUUCAAAGGAAAGUGAUGAAAAUAGUAAAAAAAACUAUACCCCAAAUUUUAAUUUACAAAAAGAGGAAAACAAUAAUGUUAUCUUCUUUGAUAAUAAUGAUGAUAAUUAUGUUUCUGCUGAAUCAUGUAAUAUAUCCUUAGAAAAGACUGAUGUUAAAAAUGCAAAAUUGUCAAACUUGAAUGAACAAAAUAAUGUAAAGAAUGCCAAUUUGAAUAUAGAUGCCUCUUUUAUCACGAAUGGUGAUCAAACAAAUAUAUUUAAUAAAGAUGAUAAAAAAAAAGAACAAAAUUUUAAUAAUAAUAUUGUUGAAAAAUGUAAUAAAAUAUAUAAUGAUAAUAACCAAAUAGAAACAGAAAAUAAUAAAAAAAACGAGUCUAUAAAUAAUUGUGAUUAUAUUUUUGAUGAUAAUUACAAAGUACAAAAUAAAAAUAUUUAUGAUGAAAACCUUAGUAGAAUGCUUAGAAAGAGAGGUACUUCAGAUAUGCUCCUAAAUUGUAUGGAAAAAAAACAAAAAAUAGAUGUAAAAGUCCUAGAAUUGAAUAAUCUCAAAUUGGCUAGUCAAUUGGGUACUGAAGUUGAUAAAUUAGACAAUAUUGAAGAUGAAAAAAAAAAUGCACAAAAAACAGAAGAAAAUAAAAUAAAAGAAUUCUACGAUCAUAAAGUAGGUAUACAAAAUGGGUACUCACUUCUGGAAAAUAGUACAAUAUGUGAUGAAAAAAAUAGCUUAGAUACUGGAAAUUUUCAAGAAAAAAUCCCCAAAAAUUAUAUAUUAAAAAAUGAAGAAGAAAAUGAAGAUUCAGCAAAGAAAGAAAAAGAUGAAACGAACAUAAUUGAAAACGAUUUAAACACAAUUGUUAACGAAAACGCUAAAAAUUAUAUAAAUAAUUAUAAUCGUAUUAAUGAGAUAUGUAAUAAUAUAAAAGAAUCAAAUGCUGAAGAUGCACAAAAUAGUGCUAUUGUGCAAAAUUCGAUAAAUAUAAUCCAAAAUGAUAAAUCUUUUUUAAAUAUAAAGUCUAGUACUACAUGUAUUGCUAAUACUAUGCUGUCAUUCUAUGAUUCUAUUAAUUGGGAAGCAGAACAUAAAACAAUAGACGUUGAAAAUGAUAACCAUAAAUAUACCAUAGAUUCAGAGGAUGAUCCCAAUUCUGUAAAUUUUAAUGAAGUCGAAAAUGCUUGGAACCUUAACACACAAUCCAGUUUUCAUACAAAUAACAUAAAUACUAGUUUAAAUAAAGAUGUUAUAGUUAUAUCGAAUAGUGAUGAAGAAAAUAAAAAGAAAAUAAAAGAAAUAAAUAAUGAAAAAAACGAAUUUGAGCAAAUAACUCAAAUAUCUAAUAAUAUAGAUUUUAACAAUGAUAAAAAAAUAACUUCAUAUUUCGAACAAUGUAACAAUAAUAAAACUAUUGAAAAUUUUGAAAAUAAAAAUGUUAAUCCCCAUUUUAAUAACAUUAUUAAAUUAAAUGAAAUUAGUCGUAUGUCUAAAGAUAUAGAUGCAAAUGGUGAGCAUAUAAUGACAACGAAUAAUUUAAUAAACAAUGAUAAUAUUUUGGAUUAUCACAUAAAUAAUGAACAUACAUAUAAUGCUAAUAAAAAAACGAUACAAUCAAAUAAUAAUAAAAUGGUAGGUGAUGCACCUAUUGAUGAUAAUAUGAAUGAAAAUGUUAUUAUGAACAAAAUAAAUAACGAUAAUUCUACUGAAGUGUAUAAACAUAAGAAUAAUUCUUUAAAGGAAAUUGAUAAAAAUAUAAACAAUUAUAACAAUGAAAUUACAAUUAAAGAAAUGUCUAAAAAUAAUAUAAACUUUGAUAAUCAAAUAUCUAUACAAAACUGGAAUAAAGAUACAAUAAAUAACAACAAUGAACAUAGUGAAAGUGAUAAAACGGAAUGUACAUAUGAAGUAGGUCAAUUACAAAAUAUAAUUAAUAAUAAUUUAAAUGUAUGUAAUAGUAAUUGUAAUAAUGCCAACGCUGAUAAUAAUAUGUUUGCAAAUAAUUCCAAUUUAUUAAAUUCGAAUGAACAUAAUAAUAUUAUAAAUAUAAAUAAAAUCGACAAUCAAAAAUAUAUAGAUAUAAAUGAUCAAAAUUUUGAUACUAUAGAAGAUGUUACAAAUUUUGAUAAUAUUAGUGAAAAAGAAGAUAUAGAUGAUGAAAGAAAUAGUUUUAUUACUAUAGAUCAUGAAAAUGAUAAAUAUAUGCAAUGGUUCGAUACAAUAUAUACAGUUUGUGUAAAAUUAGACGAACUUUGUUGUAAAUUAAAUAGCAGUUUUCCUCAUUCUAUGAAUAUUUGGAAUCAAAGUGGAAAAGUGAAUAUGCACCAUCUUAAAUCUGUAUUUAAUAUAAAUGAAAAUUGGAUUGAUAUAUAUAAUCAAGAUUGUAAAAAAAACAAAAACGAUUUAUUGUUUGAUGUUAAUAUUCAAAAAAAUUAUAAUAAUCCAACAUGUAGAGAUUAUAAUAAAAAUGGAAUGUUAAAUUCGAACCUUUCAAAUGAUAUAAACAAUAGUGAAUUCCAUUAUAACAUAAAGGAUUCUACUAUAAUAGACAAUAAAAAUAAUUUAUUAUCAAAUCCGAAUAAUAUUAACAAUUGUGUCAAUUAUUUUCCAGAAAAAAAUAACUAUUCUAAAGUUGGAAUAAAUAGUUAUAUAAAUGAAUACAGCACAGAAGUGUACAAUAAUAACAAUAAUAACAAUUUAGCGGGUUAUGAUAAUGAAUACACAAAAAUUGAUAAACAAUCCAAAGAUAACUUAGUACAUCUAGAUAAUGGAUUAAUUUGUAAAAAUAGAAAUAAUAAAAAUGUAAAUGAAAAUAAUAAUGUCAAUAUGAAUCCAUCAAAAAAUAGUGGGAUCAUUAAUAAUAAUGUUAAAAUGUCACAAAUGUAUGGAAAUGAAAAUAAUAUAAAAAAUGCUCUUUAUUAUCAAAAUAAACAAUAUGGUAUUGGAUCAAAUUUAGAGAAUAAUAAAAUUCCAAUUAACUCUAAUAAUGGAAAUAUGAAUUCAAUUUUGAAUCUUCCAUCUAACAAUAUAUGUAACAUUAAUAAUAUGGGUUCUAAUUUAGUAGACAAUAUGUGUUCUAUAUAUGGAAAUUUAACAAAUUCUAUGAAUAAUAAAAAUAAUAUAAAUAUGCACAGAUAUAACAAUGAAAUGGUCAAUUAUAUGAAUCUAAAUAAUGUACAUAAUAUAUAUAACAAUAAUAAUGAUGGAGGUAAUGUAAAUCCCGAAAUGUGUGGCAAAAAAAUUAAAAAUAGUAAAAAAAAUUCGAACAAUGUAAUAAAUAAAAAUACAGAAAAAAAUAAUAAUAAAAAAAGAAAUUCAGUAAAUAGAAGUAAUAAUAGAGUUAUAAAAGAUGAAAGUGAAUUUGAAUAUUUAUUAGAAUUACCAGAUAAAGAUGGACCAAAUUUAGAAAACCCCGAAGAUUUAAGAUGUGAUAUUGCUGGUGUAUAUUGGGAUAAAAGAAGUUGGAUUGCAUCAUGGUAUGAUAAUGGUAAAAGAUAUUAUAAAUCAUUUUCUGCUAAAACUCAUGGAUUUUAUAAAUCAAAAUUUUGGGCUAUUAAGGUACGUUUAUCAAAAGUUAAAGGACAAACUAUAUUUGGAAAACAUAAUAGAAAACCUAAAAAUAAUAACCCGAAUACUGAUAAUGUUAAUUCUAUUCCAUAUAAUACAAAUAUGAUAGUAGAAAAUGAUUGUAUCACUGUUGAUAACAUUUAA